AUGUCAAUCAGUAGGCGAAUUCUUCGUCUCUUUGGUAACUCAAGGUCUUAUGCCACUUGUCUGCUCAGUAAUUUGAAUAAAUCUCCCGUUCCGCGUGCUCGUUGGUUCUCUUCCAAUAAGGAUCCCUCCAAUGAACCGAAGCAGUUUUAUCGUCGACCUCUUCCUGCCUCAUGUAUCGCUUUUGCCUCUUCGGAAGGAAGGCAGAUAUUUAAAGAGGCAUUGGAAAUGGGCUUCCUAGAGUCAUUCUACGAUCUUGUACCGCAAUUUCGAACACAGGUGCGUUUAGCUUUGUCAUUAUUGGUGUCUAUUAACGCGCGUGCCUUCAUACGACCGUUUGAGCCAUACAUAGUUUCGGUGGUAUCUUAUUCAGAUGUCUUUGACAUGCCUUUUCUACACACUUUUGGCAUAUACACCUGA